AUGCCAACGGACGGCGAAGGAACUGGAGAUCUCGCAUCAGAAGGAAGCGGAAUUGCGUCAUCGAGGUUAGUGCCUUCGGUCCCAGAAAAUUCCUACCGAAACAUUUUGGCGCCCACCGUGGGGCCGAAAGCGAAGACUCCAAAUGGUGACCACCCGAAGCAUGGACGAACUGAUCAUACAGAGCUCAUAACACGGCUUCAGGCUCAACUGGAACAGCAGACCCAGAUGAUUCGUCAGCAACAGGAGGCACAUCAGAAACUCGUUGCAGAAAUAGCCCAACUGAAAGAAAGACGACCGGAGAUGUCAGAGGACAAUAGCCACACUGGCAAUCACAAUGAUGGCCACCACAACGGCCGGAAUAAUCGCCACCACCAUGAUAGCGGUCGUCCUCCGCGAUCACCUGAACUGCUACCAUUCACUGAAGAAAUUAUGCAAGCCAUAAUGCCUGAUCGACCACCCCCUCAAAUUGAAAAAUUUGACGGGACGACAGAUCCAGAACACCAUCUCCAAAAUUUCAUCGACUCCAUGGCUUUCUACUCCAACAGCGACCCAGUCAAAUGUAGGGCCUUCUCCUUGUCUCUCAAAGAGGAAGCCCUAGAAUGGUACUAUACUCUUCCUCCAAACUCUGUUGACAGUUUUUAUACUGUCACCACGCUCUUCAAGAGGCAAUUCUCUGCCAACCGGAGGGAAAGGGUGUCCGCGGCCCAACUCGUCAAUCUCAAACAAGGGAGAGACGAACCACUGAGGACAUUCAUGCGCAGAUACUCGGAGACUGCCAGGAGAGUGAAAGGUGUCUCCCAUGAGUUCAUUAUCAGCAACCUUCCCAACUGCCUCAAGCUAGGAUUUGUCUCGGAAAAUUUAUAUGCCAAAUUGCCGAAAACUAUGGAAGAAUUACAGGAAAAAAUGACCAAAUUCAUCAAAAUGGAGGACCAACGACAUUACCGGAAGAAGAUCGAAGCUCCGGUCACAGAUGCUAAACGUGAUGAUAGACGAACGGGUGACAGGGGUCGUAAUCAAAGGCCCCCUCGAAGAGAACUAAAAGCCCCGCUCGGUCCUCGGUACGACCACUAUACACACCUUACAGCUCCAAGGGAAAAGGUGUUCGACAAAGCCUUCCAAGCCAACCUAAUCACCAUCCACAAAAGGCGUACGCCUAGAGAUGCGGAUGCGUCCAAGAUAUGUCGGUUUCAUGAUAACCAAGGACAUUCCACUGAAGGCUGCCAAGAACUUAAAGAUGAGAUAGAAAGAUUAGUCCGUGCGGGGUACCUGCGAGAAUUUGUUAAAGCAGAGACAGGCCAACGGGGACGUUCCCCCCAACGGGGACGUUCCCCCAGAAAAUUUAAGAGAAGUCCCGAGCCUUCGCGCCGAAAACCCGAACGCCCUCGAGAACGUUCGAGAAGCAGAUCCAGAAAGCGAGACACGACCCCAAAGGGCCGCAUUGACACCAUCUCGGGAGGCUUUGCCGGGGGAGGAGCCUUAUCUUCUGCUCGCAAGAGACACUUGCGGAACUUACAUAGCGUCCACACAAUAGCCCGGAACCCUUUGUCAAUGUCGGACAUCACCUUUACCGACAAGGAUUUUCACGCCCCAGACCCGGAACAGGAUGAUCCUAUGGUCAUUACCGCCCGAAUUGCGGAGUAUGAUGUGAGCAAAGUCCUAAUUGACCAAGGAAGUUCUGUCAACAUUCUAUACUGGACAACAUUCCAGAAGAUGGCCCUAGCAGAGGAGGCCAUAACACCCUUUCACGAGCAUAUUGUUGGUUUUGCAGGAGAACGCGUUGACACCCGGGGAUACCUCGACCUGAGAACCCGCCUGGGUACCGGCGACCAAUCCAGAGAAAUCUGUGUGCGCUUCUUGUUAGUAGAAGCCAACACUUCAUACAAUGCUCUUCUCGGACGUCCAUGCCUGAACGCCUUCGGAGCGAUUGUAUCCACUCCUCACUUGGCGAUGAAAUUCCCUUCCGGAAGGGGAGCUGACCUCACUCCUGUGGAUGAAAGCAACCUCACCACGCUGUUACGAACCAACAACAACCUCUUUGCAUGGAGCGCCUCAGAUAUGCCCGGCAUCCACCCCGACAUCAUCACUCACCAGCUAUCCAUAUUCCGAGAGGCUCGCCCGAUUGCUCAGAAGAAGAGAAGGCUCGGCACUGAAAAAAGGGUGGAGGUACAAAAGGAAGUUGACAAGCUAAUCUCGGCCGGAUUCAUUCGCGAAAUAACAUACACCACUUGGUUGGCAAACGUGGUCAUGGUUAAAAAAUCGAACGGUCAGUGGAGAAUGUGUGUAGAUUUCACCGAUCUAAACAAGGCCUGCCCCAAGGACAACUAUCCCCUCCCCAACAUUGAUCGCCUGGUGGACGGCGCCUCCGGUCACAUGGUCCUCAGUUUCUUAGACGCCUACUCUGGGUAUAACCAAAUUCCAAUGUACGCCCCGGAUCGAGACAACACAACUUUCAUCACCGGCAAGCUAAUUAUUGUUACGAGGUAA